GCUCAUUCAUGUCCUCCAUACGAUGCCAGAGACUCCAAACUUGUUUGUCAAGAAUAAUUUCUCUCUGUGUUCAAACUUUUAUGCAAAAAUGCAAGGCUUUGUCUUCCCUGGAAUUGACAGGCCUGCCACAGGCAUGAAAAGUGUUGAUAGAGAAUAUCCUGCACACCGUUCAGUAUCUGGUGGGAGGCAAAGCAAAUGCGUCAUGUCACCAUCCAAUGCUGGCAUGGUUGCUGAAACUAUAGAGAGAAGAAAUAAGCACUGGUUUGUCCAGACAAAAGUGGCAAGUGAUUUGAUCAUACAAGUUGGAGAUUCCAGCUUUCACUUGCAUAAGCUCCCGAUGGUCAUGAGAAGUGGACACUUGAACAGACUAGUAUUCCAGAGAAGUGACGCAGAGAGAGAAACCAGCAGCAAAAUUCACAUGGACAAUCUUCCAGGUGGAACCAAAGUUUUUGAAUUAGUAGUCAAGUUCUGUUAUGGUUGGAAGGCUGAUCUAACAGCUGCCAACAUUGCUCCACUAUAUUGUGCUGCACAUUUCUUGGAAAUGAGUGAGGAUUUUGAAGAAGGAAAUCUGAUAUCCAAAACUGAGGCUUUUUUGAGCUUUUUGAUAUUUUCAUCAUGGAAAGACACAUUUAGGAUUUUGAAAAGCUGUGAAUCCAUUUCUUCAUGGGCUAAUGAGUUUAAAAUCACAAAACGAAGCGCCGAAGCCAUUGCUUGGAAGGCCUGCACAAACGUUAAAGCAUUUGGUUCUUCUGAGAAUGAUAAUGCACAGUGCUUCAAUGUUCUACCAAAUAAUGCAGAGAACUUAAAGUUUGAAGAUGAAGCUGACAUUUGGUGGUUUGAAGAUGUUUCAUCCCUAAGAAUAGAUCAUUUCAUUGAAGUGAUCCAAGCCCUAAAAUGUAAAGGGAUGAGAGCAGACCUUGUAGGAUCAUGUAUAGCUCAUUGGACUGCUAAGUGGCUUGCACGAAUCACUUCUGGGCUUGAAAGAAUGACCCUCAAGCAUAUGACCCAUCAAUUACUAAGAGUUACAGCUGAGUGCUUGAUUAAGGUACUGCCUACAGAGGAGAAUUCAGUUACUUGCAAUUUUAUACUUCAUCUUCUUAAGCUGGGGUUCAUGACAAAGAUAAAUUCCGAAUUGCUGAGCAUGCUUGAAAGACGAAUCGCUUUAAUGUUGGAUCAAUGUCGUGCUCCAGAUCUCUUGGUUAAGAACUAUGGAGGUAAAGAUAGUGUCCAUGAUGUAGGUCUUAUUGUAAGGGUGGUGGUGUCUUAUGUUUCUAUAGUUUUGAGUAGUCCCACACCAAAUAUGUUCGCUGUUGGAAGGUUGAUAGAUGGGUAUCUUACUCUAGUUGCAAAGGAUGAGAACCUUACGGUGAAUAGUUUCCAAUCACUUGUAGAAGCAUUGCCGAAAGACGCUCGGUAUUGUGAUGACAAUCUUUAUAGAGCCAUUGACAUGUACCUCAAGGCACACCCUAGCUUAACAGAAGAAAAAAGAAUGAGUCUAUGUGGAUCCCUGGAAUAUCAUAGACUGUCACAGGAAGCACGCGAGCAUGUAAUGAAGAAUGAUAGGUUGCCCCUGAAGAUUACGACACGGUUUAUCCUUCUUGAACAAGUAAAUAUGACAAGGUCAAUGACAGCUAUUGGAUCAAAUUACCGAAGAACGAAGACUCAGGCAAUUGUCAGAGUCAACAAAGGUUUAGGUAAGGGAUGGAUGAACUCCAAGAAGGAAAUAAACUUGAUGACAAAAGAGGUUGAGACAAUGAGGGUGCAACUCAAUGAUUUGCAAAUGUGUAAAUUAAAGCUUCAAAACCAACUGAAAAGGUGCAUUAUUUAGAAGAGAAAUGUGGCCUUCAUCAGAAAGUUCUUGGUAUUGUACUUUUUUUUUUUUUUUUUUUUUGGUGACACAAGUUUGACACCUUAAUAAUCUAUAAAAAGAUCUAAUGGUCUGCAUUAAGAAAAUUUUAUGCUAUUUAACACCUUGAAAUACCUCAGGCUCUGCUCUACCUUGAAUUAAGACCACCAGAGAAGAUCCACUUCUGAUCUUCUAUUACCAGAAACACAGAUGCAAUUACAAACCGGUUGAACUCAAACAGUCUUGGCACUAUCAAGAAAGAUAGGCUAGGCUGACAAGGACCUUCAAUCGGGAAACUGACAAUUUUGUAACAGCUCAACUAGACAAAGCAACAACUCAAAAACAGUGUAAAAUUCACAGUGAACAUCAAAGAAAUAGUUCAUCAACCAUAUUUGGGUACGAGGUGACAAAUUAAGAAGGAAAGAAAUGUGUAAACUGAACAAGAAUAGUUUUGGCUGGCACAUUAAUAUGAAUAAGCCUGCCAGACCAGAAAACAUUGUGCCUUCCAUAAAUCUUAACACUAAUCACAGAGGCAUACUGAUUUAAAAGAAAAUAAUCGUUCGCAUCACGCGACGUGUCCCAUGAAAAUGUAAUUAAAUUAAUGGCAUGCUUUACAAGAUUAUAAAUAGGGUGAGGAUAGUACAUGUUUGAUCACCCAAAAACAACUGACCUGUGGCAGAAGAUACAUAUGAAAGCAAAAGCUUGGCUCCAUUUUCCUGCUUGACUUGCAAUCCAUCAACUUUCUUGAUCAAGAAAAAUUGGAUUGUUGAAGGCUCCGAAUCGCGUCAUGGAACAAGCUGGCAGUAGCAGCAGCAGGAGGAAAGGCAAAGGGGUAGUUAGUAGCAGCAGUGCUGCAGAAACUGACACUUCAUGGCCAUUCAAGUUAAAACUCGAACUAGCCAACUAGUGCACUGAUCUCCUCAAGCUUGACCCCUCAAAGGAGUUUGAAGAGCAUAUUGUAGGGGCCAUGAGUGAGGCUAACCGCAAGCUACUGGAGGACUGGAAACCAGUUUAUAUAUCAGUGUGUGAUGUAACCGAUGCUGCUGAUACUUGUCAAACUU